AUGAUCCAAUUCCCACUUCCCUUAUCUAACACAACUAACCAUCCCCUACCCCUUAACAUAUUUUUCUUUGUAAUUUCAUUAAAUUUCUGUGCUUUGUUUCAUUGUUUUGAAUUUUUACUAAUCUCGUCUCAGUUGUGUAUUUUCAGGCACUCGGACGUGGUACAACGCGGGAGCACCCAGCCAGCCUGCCUCCAGCCAGCCACAGAUGAAGAGGAAGGAGCCCAUUGCCCAGUUUUGUCCAGAGGCCCACAUUGGCCAAGGCGGAGCGUCGAUCUCACCGAGACGUACAGCAGCAUUCUUGGGAGCAAGGAUCGACUGCGACCGCACAUGGAAGAGAGGAUAUGCGGUAUGAUGCAGCCCUCUAUUCCCAGUCCUCUGAAGAGGAGUCUGCCAACCUAGGGACGGUAAG